AAACGUAUUUUUGGAAAUACAUACAACUAAUGCAUGACCAAACCAAAAAAAUAUAAAAAAGGUUUGGAAGGACAUACAAACUGCCGAAUUUCGUCGUCAAGUCUAUAUGCGUCAGCGUUCAUACGCUUCGGCGCCUGGUUCCCGAAUUGGCAUUAAAAUCGAUGAAGAAUUAGAUACGGAAACCGAAAAUGAGGCUGGUGUGCGUACAUCGACGUUAUCCGAGCCGCACGAUUACUCUGUACCGCCGCGUUCGGCUAGCGAAUAUUUUGUGAGUGUAGUAGUACGAGUACUUACGUACUCGAUGCGUUGAUGAAAUUUUUGUUUGAAAGUACUAGUUAGCCAAUCGAUGUACAUAGAUCGCUGUGACGCACCCGCCCUUCACCGAAAAAAUUGAAAUGAAAAUCGCUGUAUAUACCACAUUU